AAGACAAAGAAAAUUUCAGACUUUUUCCUUCUUAACAGCUGACAGCUCCUGUCAAAAUAAAAGUCAAAAAUGGCGGCGGUAAUAUUUACGGGUGCACAAUUAUUAAAACAACAGGGCGGUUUUAUAGGAAUCGCCUACGUAAGAGCUGCUAAUUACAGCACCGAGAGCAAAGCAUACAACUUAUCAGCAUUAAAACGGGGCACUGGAGGCAGAUCGAGUUUCAAUGGAAUAGUAGCGACAGUUUUUGGUUGCGGGGGUUUUAUAGGACGAUAUGUUUGCAACAGGCUUGGAAAAACAGGAAGCCAGUUAAUUUUGCCCUACAGAGGCGAUCCCUACGAUGUAAUGCGUUUGAAAGUAUGUGGGGAUUUGGGACAAGUGUAUUUUCAUCCAUUCGAUUUAAGAGAUGAAGAGUCAAUUGAAAAAGUCUGCCGUUAUUCAAAUGUGGUCAUAAAUUUGAUUGGACGGGAUUGGGAAACGAGAAACUUUAGUUUUGAUGAUGUUCAUGUGAAGGGUGCAAGACUUUUAGCAAAAGUUGCCAAAAGGUCAGGUGUUGAGAGAUUUAUUCAUUUAUCUGCUUUGAAUGCUGAAGAGAGGCCCGAAGCAGUUAUCUUGAAAGGUGGUUCGAAAUUUUUAGCCAGUAAAUGGAGGGGGGAGCAAGCAGUUAUGGAGGAGUUUCCAGAGGCCACUAUUUUCAGGCCCGCGGACGUGUAUGGACAGGAAGACAGAUUUCUGAAGUAUUACGCACACAUUUGGAGACGCCAAGCUACCUACCUACCCUUGUGGAAGAAAGGCGAAGAAACAAUCAAACAGCCGGUAUUUGUCAGCGACUUGGCGUCUGGAAUAAUGGCCGCUUUAAAAGAUUCUGAUACCGCUGGAAAAGUCUAUCAAGCUGUGGGUCCAAAACAGUACUACCUCUCCGAGCUUGUGGACUGGUUUUACAGGGUGAUGCGUAAAGACAAAGAUUGGGGAUAUUAUCGGUACGACAUGCGUUAUGACCCAUUCUUCCAAAUGAGAAUCACGUUGACUGAAAAACUGCGGGUUGGUUUUCCUAUUGGAAAUUUACACUGGGAACGUGUUGAAAGAGAACAUGUCACAGAUGUUGUUCACAGUGAAGUUCCAACACUUGAAGAUUUAGGUGUCGCUUUGACUCACAUGGAAGAUCAAGUCCCGUGGGAGUUGAAACCUUACACGUACGGAUUGUACCAAGGAAUUGAUGUGGAGGAACCCUACUCCACACCAGCGCCACCUACUCCUGUAGCUUAAAUUAUUGUGUAUAUUCAAUCAGAAAAGAAACUAAUUAUUGUAUAAAUUAAAUCAUGAGCAGGUGUUAUUUAAAGAAUAAGAUUCUUUUUAUUAAAAACGAUAAAUUUGCA